GUAGACCUCCGUAGGCUGGAGCAUCCCCAUCCGUGCAUACAUGGCCGUACCUCGCCUCCCGUCGUGGUAGCGGUGCUGGCGCUGGAUGCGGCGCUUGGAGUCGGGGACCGCUGCAGGGUAACCAACGCCAUGGCUGGAAGACGAUGCCACGUGAACGCACCAUGGGUCGCUCCUAAAACGCCUCGCGGAAGACUCCGCCCCGCCCCGGCAGUGAGGGACUGACGUGAACUCGUGAAGAAACAGAAAGGAGAAACUUCGUGGAUCCGUCCAACUCUUCGAGCAGACAUGAGGGUCGCAGUGAUCGGAGCCGGAGUCAUUGGCCUGUCCACAGCUCAGAGCAUCUAUGAACAGUAUCAUUCUACGGUUCAUCCGCUGACCAUUGAGGUAUAUGCAGACCGAUUCACUCCACUGACCACCAGCGAUGGAGCCGCAGGCUUCUGGCAGCCAUACCUCAAGGGCAACGUCCAGGAGACGAAAUGGAAUACGGAGACAUUUGACUACCUGCUGAGUUGGCUUAGCUCCCCCGACUCUGCAAAAAUGGGGAUAUUCCUUCAGUCUGGCUAUAACGUCUUCACUGAACCCGUUUCAGAUCCCUCAUUCAAAGAUGCCGUCCUCGGUUUCAGACACCUCACACAACGGGAACUCCAGUUGUUUCCCGGAUACAAUUUUGGCUGGUUUAACACGGCUCUCAUGGUGGAAGGAAAGUCAUAUUUACCGUGGUUGAUGGAUUGGCUUCAACAAAGGGGUGUAAAAUUUUAUAACAAGAAAAUAAGUUCUUUCAAAGAGCUCUCUGAGAGUGGGGCAGACGUGAUCAUAAACUGCACAGGGGUGAGAUCAGGAGAGCUGCAGCCAGACCCAGACCUGAAGCCGGGUCGAGGGCAGAUUAUAAAGGUGGAUGCUCCAUGGCUAAAACACUGGGUUAUUACCCACAACAUGAAGACAGGAGUGUACAACUCACCAUACAUCAUUCCAGGGAGCCGCCUUGUGACCGUCGGUGGGAUUUUCCAGUUAGGAAAUUGGAGCGAACAAAACAACUCUGCUGACCAUAAGCACAUCUGGGAAGAAGCGUGUCAGCUGGAACCAAGCCUCAAGCAUGCCCGGAUAGUGGAAGACUGGGCUGGCCUCAGGCCCGUUCGCAGCAAAGUGCGCCUGGAACGCGAGACUUUACAGUCAGGCGGCUCUACGAUAGAGGUGAUCCACAACUACGGCCACGGAGGGUUUGGACUCACCAUUCACAGAGGCUGCGCCCAGGAGGCUGCCAGGCUGUUCGGACAGAUUGUUGAACAGAAGCAUAAAGCUGCAAAAGCUCGUCUGUAAACUUUCACUCACCAAUCAUUUUUUUGCACCUUUUUCCCAAAUUCUGCAUGUAUUUUAAACAUCAAAAUGCACUUAAAUGAAGGAUGUCUGAGAGGUUAUAGCACUAGUUUGAAAAAAUGAUCUUAAAAUUACAAAAAAGGAACAAACUGUUCUUCUUUUGUUUUGAUAAUUAGAAUAUCCCAUUAAAGUAUGCUAAUACCUAAGACAUAAUAUAUAAAUUAUGUCUCGUAGAGUCUAGAAUUUAUGUUUUUAUAUUUUUAACACAAUUUCAAUGAGACUAAAUUGUGCCUUUCUUAUAAAAUUCACAAUUUGUAACUUUUGUAAUUAUUAUAUUCAAUAAUAUGUGCAUUUUUAGUGUCUCUGUGUGAGUAUAGAGCAUUUUUUUUCUAUAAAUUUUAAGCACAGACAAUAAUUAUCAUGUCAUUUCUACAAAUACACUAAUGAAUCUUGUCAAAGAAAGCUGCAAAUAAAAUGACGAACGACUGACUAA